AUGGCCGAGGCUAAGAUCUCUCCCACUGUCGCUGUUGCUACCAAGACCGAUGACAAGGCCAACUGGCCGCUGGUCAAGAAACCCCACGCGCCCUUCUACUUUGGAGGAUUCGCUGCCUGCGCGGCCAACUUCUUCACACACCCGCUGGAUCUGCUCAAGGCGAUCUACACUGAGCAAGGAGCGCUCGGCUUCUACAACGGCAUUUCGGCAGCCGUGCUUCGCCAGAUGACAAGCAUUUGUCGAAUCCCCGACGGCUCGCUGCCAUUCUACCGCAUGGCAUUCGCCGGUGUUGUCGCCGGAGCCGUUGGCGGCGUGGCCGGCACCCCGGCUGACAUUGUGCUCGUGGAGCAGCGCCGCAACUACAAGAACGCCUUCGACGGCCUGUUCCGGAUUGCGCGCGAGGACGGUGUCUCGGGCCUGUUCAAGGGCGCCGUGCCGAACUACGAUGCCUUCAAGGACCUUUUGCUCAACUCGGGCUACUUCAAGGAGGGCUUGCCGCUGCACUUCUCGGCGUCGUUCCUGGCCGGCUUCGUUGCUACUACCAUUACUUCGCCGUUCGAUGUCGUCAAGACCCGCAUUAUGAACGCUGCCAUGGUGCUGAUUGCCAAGGAGGAGGGCCCGAUGGCGCUGUACAAGGGAUGGACUCCGUCGUUCGUCCGUAUGGCCCCGCAGACCAUCCUGACCUUCAUCUUCCUCGAGCAGUUCAAGAGCAUCUACUGGGACCGCACGGCCAAGGCCAACAAGGUUCGCUACGAGUAA